AUGUAUCCAACGUUACAUUUAUUAAAACAACAACGGAUGAUAAAACCCAUUCGUCGUGGUUUAUUAGGUGGAAUUAAAGCUAAAUUUAUGUAUCCUAUACGUGAACAACAACCACCACCACCACCUAAAGAAAAGAAACCAAAAAAAGUUAAAGAGGAACCACCUUUUAUGGUUCAACAUACAUAUAAACAAGCGAUGAAAGGUUUAUAUAAUAAAGCACAUAUUCAAUUUGGUAAUAAAGUAUCAGAAUCCGGUAAUAAAUCUCGACGUACUUGGAAACCAAAUGUACAUUAUGUAAAAUUAUAUUCCGAAGCAUUAGAUAAACGAAUUGAAAUAAAAUGUACAGCAGAAGUAUUAAAACUUAUUGAUCGAAAAGGAGGAUUAGAUAAAUACUUAAUAGCCAUGAGGGAUAAAGAUUUAGGUGAAAAAAUGUAUUAUUUAAAGUAUACCAUUAAAGCAAGAAAAGAUAUUUUGGAAGGAAGAGAUCCUACUGAUAAUCCAAUUAAAUCAAUCACUGGUGGUACUAAUAAUAAAAGGUUGCAAGAAGGAAGUAAUAGAAAUUUACUGUUGGAAAGUGAAAAUGGUGGGAAAGAAAAUUAG